UCUGGAGAAUAUUCCAUGACGUCAGCACCAUGGCGGCACAGCGGCAGAAGAAACUCUAGCUAGUGAAGAACUCAUCUACAGGAAAACGAAAAAGAUUUUUGAAGGGGACGUUUAGCAUCUCUUGGAUCGGAGUUUAUGUGUCCGUGUGUGUUAAACGAGCACGAAGUUUAGAGAUCGAAGGACGGGAGCAUAGACUACAGGGCACAGCCAUUUGUCCGCUGUGUUCUUGAGCGGGAAAGUUCACCUCCUUAGAUUCUCCGCAGUGGCAUUUGAGGACAGACGUGUGCCGCCAGGAUGUUGGUGCGACGAACCAUCGCAGGCCUGCUGCGACUCUCCAAUUUUGCUGCAGCAAACAGGGCUCACAGGAUCAACCAACUAAAACAAGGUAUCUUUCGCUCCUCUUCCUCGGCAGCAGCGCAGGGCAGUUCCUCAGACGUGCCGCCCAGGUUUACAACAACGUCCAUCGAUGAGCUGCUGCCUCGCCUGAGAAAUUCAUCCCUUGUCAUUUUUGACAAGGAUGGUACUUUGAUAUGUUUCCAUUCCAUGUGGGCUCCAUGGAUACACCAGUUUGUAGAAAGAUUGGAGGCUGACACACAGAUGUCAUUAGGGGACAAAGUGUACCGUCUACUGGGGUUCGACACACAAACACAGCGAUUUGGACCAGGACUACUGGCUGAAGCAACAAUGUUCAUCAUCAAAGAACGGAUGGUAGAGCUGCUCAUGCAAGAAGGACUAGAGUCAGAAGAAGCUGUCAAGGUAGUGGAUAGGUGUUGGCAGAACUGUGAUGCCACCAAUGAAGCCAACCUGAAGUCCUUAGGAAAUCUUCCUGACCUGUUCAAGACCCUGAAGGACUGGGGUAUCAAGACUGCCAUCUGCACUGCAGACACCCGCGCAGGCACGCUGCCCGCACUCAAGAAACUGGGAGUGGACAAACUUGUAGACAAGAUUAUGUGCAGUGACGACCAUGGUAGCCAACCCAAACCCAACCCUCACAACGCCCUGCGGAUCUGCGAGGAGCUGAACGUGUCUCCGGAACGUGCCAUUAUGGUGGGGGACACCUCUGCCGAUACUGGCCUCGCCAAGAACGCAAAGCUGGGCACUGCCAUUGGUGUGUUGAGUGGUGUUGGCAGCCAUAAGGACCUGCAUGAAGCUGAUUACCUGUUAGACAGUGUAGAAAACAUCCUAACAAUAGCAGUCAAUGGGAAGUCCCCUCCUGGGGGUGGCUCCAAUGGUACAGGGGGUCCCCAGAAAAUUGGGCAGCGUCAGUACUCGACAACAACCUCAGGAAUGAAGGCAGGGGUACCGGAGUAUAGCUACGUGAUUAUUGGCGCUGGUUCAGCCGGAUGUGUGUUGACAAACCGUCUGUCUGAAAACUCUGACAACACUGUUUUGUUACUGGAAGCCGGCCCGAAGGAUUACACCUGGAAAAUCCACAUGCCAUCUGCCCUGAUGUAUAACCUGUGUGAUGAUAAGUACAACUGGUACUACCACACUGUACCUCAGAAACACAUGGACGACAGGAAGAUGUACUGGCCUCGCGGGCGCGUGUGGGGAGGAUCGUCCUCUCUCAAUGCCAUGGUGUACAUCCGUGGACACGCGCAGGACUACGAUCGCUGGGAGAGAGAGGGAGCGGCGGGGUGGUCAUACGUGGACUGCCUACCGUACUUUCGUAAAGCCCAAACGCAUGAGCUUGGUCCUGACAAUUACCGUGGCGGGGAUGGACCUCUCCAUGUUUCACGUGGCAAGAGCGAGAACCCUUUAAACCGAGCAUUCAUAGAAGCUGCACAACAGGCGGGUUAUCCAUAUACAGAUGAUAUGAAUGGUUAUCAGCAGGAGGGGUUUGGAGAUAUGGACAUGACGAUUCACAAUGGGAUUCGCUGGAGCACUGCUAAUGCGUACCUCCGGCCAGCGCUGAAACGGACUAACGUAACGACUGAAGUGAAGUGUGUGGUGACACGGGUUCUGUUUGAAGGCAACCGUGCAGUGGGAGUGGAAUAUCUACAGAAUGGAGAGACAAAACAGGUGCGAGCAGGUGAAGUCAUCCUGUCAGGCGGAGCCAUCAACUCCCCGCAGCUGUUGAAUCUGUCAGGGAUCGGUGAUGCUGACGACCUACAGAAACUGGGCAUUCCUGUUGUUCAGCAUCUACCAGGUGUUGGACAGAACCUUCAGGACCACCUGGAAGUGUACGUACAGCAGGCGUGCACCCAGCCGGUCACCCUGUACAGCUCCCUGUCCCCCCACCGCAUGUUGAUGAUCGGUAUCCAGUGGUUCACCAUGCAGACUGGGCUGGGGGCCACCAGUCAUCUGGAGGCCGGCGGGUUCAUCAGGAGCCGCCCUGGUGUGGAACAUCCCGACAUCCAGUACCACUUCCUACCUUCCACUGUCAACGAUCAUGGCAGGGUGGCAGGGACACAACAUGCUUACCAGGUCCAUGUAGGAUCAAUGCGCCCGACCAGUCGAGGGUAUCUAAAGCUGAAGUCUGCAGACCCCCAUACACACCCUCUGCUGGAGCCUAACUACAUGUCCACAGACCAGGAUGUGCUGGAGAUGAGGCUGAGCAUCAAACUCUCGCGGGAAAUCUUCGCCCAGAAAGCUUUUGACCCCUUCAGAGGCCCAGAGUUAGCUCCAGGAGAUGGGGUCCAGUCAGAUAAAGACAUCGAUGCUUUUGCACGGAGAAUGUCGGACAGCGCGUAUCACCCUUCCUGCACAUGCAAGAUGGGCGAGGAGACGGACAAGAUGGCGGUGGUGGACGCGGAGACGCGUGUGUUCGGGCUGGAGAACCUGCGCGUGGUGGAUGCCUCCAUCAUGCCGAGCAUCGUCAGCGGGAACCUGAACGCGCCCACGAUCAUGUUAUCGGAGAAGGCAGCUGAUAUCAUCAAGGGGGAACCCCCACUCCCCAAAUCAACUGCUCCUGUCUACCAACCCAAAACAUUAGAUACACAAAGGUAGAUAGCUGGGAUGUUGUAGGGGGUUGUCACACUUUUGUGUAUAUCAAGUCUGUAAGAGUUCAGUAUUGUCAUUUUUUGUGUGUGCUGGUUGAAGUUUGCAACCGAAGAAUCCGUUUUAUUUUCCAUUCAAUAACCAGCUGCACAACGGUUGGUCAAAGCAAAUAACAACUUCUUCCCUUCAGACUUCACAUGAGCCCCAAAGAUGUAAAUACAGAACUCACACGGACUUUAUAUAUGCACACCCCCCUUUCAGGAGGAAGGAAACAGUCUUUCAAGAUAUUUAGCAACCGAAGAGGGUCUAUUUUUCUGCUUCACAACAUUUUUUAGAAAUAAAAGAUAGCUAUGCUUUCUCAGGUCUGGGCAAUAAGCAUCCACUUCAGUGAAAAUUUUCCAGAUGAACUCGUGACAGAGAUUGUCAGUGAAACCUGGUUUGGUUAGAGACUACAUUGUUUCAGUGUAAUUAGUGUUUAAAAAAAUUGUACUUACUGUAACUGAAAUGACAUUUCUGUUCUUUAUUAGCACACAUGUACUUAGGGUAGAUUUUGUUUUGUAUGAAAAAUGUGGACUUGAUAUUUAAGUGGAAUACCAUAUUGCCAGUGCUGUAUGUAUGUUUCCCGUGAAGUCAACUGUAGGCAAUACAGGCAAACUGGGACAAAAAGUGGAUUCCAUUAUUGAUACAUGUACAGAAAUGUACAUGACUUUUGUUAUGACAGGAGCUGACUUUUCUGUUAGUUUAUUUUCUUGUUAGUUUAUGAGUAUAUGAGUUCAUUCAGUGUUUGUGUUUCAAAGUGCUUGUGUCACCAAUCACACUAAAAUACAAUGAUU